AUGAGUACAGUGAAAGAAGAGGAAGACGCGUUCAGAGUGAAAGAGGAGGAGGAUGUUACAGUGAAAGAAGAGGAAGAAGCGUUAAGAGUGAAAAGAGAAGAGAAUAUUACCGUGAAAGAAGAGGAUGCCGUUUUUGGAGCGAAGAGGGAGGGAGAGAUAACUGUCACAUUGAAGGAGGAGGAGGAAGAGACUGAAGGUCUAAUUAACACCAGAGAGAGACCAGACUCUCACUCUGACAGCGGGAAGAGUCCUUCAGGGGAACCAGACCCAGAGACGGCCAAACCAGAGAGACGACAUCAGUGCUCCCACUGUGAAAAGAGUUUUACUCAUUUAGGGAGUCUGAAAAUGCACGAGAGAAUACACACAGGAGAAAGGCCUUACCACUGCUCCCACGGUGGAAAGAGUUUUACUCAUUUAGGGAGUGUGAAAAUGCACGGGAGAAUACAUACAGGAGAAAAGCCUUACCACUGCUCCCACUGUGGAAAGAGUUUUACUCAGUUAGGGGCCCUGGUUGGGCAUGAGAGAACACACACAGGAGAGAAGCCUUAUCACUGUUCCCACUGUGGAAAGAGUUUUAUGUGGUAUGGGAGCCUGAAUGAGCAUGAGAGGACACACACAGGAGAAAAUCCCUACCAAUGUUCCCAGUGUGAAAAGAGUUUUACCCAUCGAGGGAGCCUGAAAAUGCAUGAAAGAAUACACACAGGAGAAAAGCCCUACCAAUGUUCCCAGUGUGAAAAGAGUUUUACCAGAUCAUGGGACCUGAAAAGGCAUGAGAGAACACACACAGGAGAAAAGCCUUACCAACAUACUAAAACACAGGAGGACAAGACAUACCACUGCUCUCAUUGUGGAAAGACAUUUUCCCAGUCAGAGGACCUGAAAUCCCAUGAGAGAAUAGAGAGGCUGUGUUCUGAUUUAUGUUUUUGACUUUGGUAGCUUGCUAGACAACAUAGCCAAAACAUUAUAGCUCUUGAGAUUAUUUCGGUGUCACUGUGUUUAAGAAAAUAUAUGUUGUAUAGAUAGUUACCCCAUUUAUUUCAUAUGUAAGUUACUAAUCAGCUGGCUGAAUAGCUAGAAUAGCCUACCACUAGGCUAGUAGCUCAUCUUAACUAGCUAACAUCCUCCUAUCUGGCUAAGUAACACUAGGCUAAUGCUAACAAGCUAGCUAACAUCCUCCUAUCUGGCUA